AUGGAGACAGCAAAAUUGGAAGGUGAAAAAGAAAUUAAAAACUUGUAUUAAUUUAUUAUGGAAAGUUUUUGCGAACAGUAAUAACAAUUAUGUGAUAAAUCUUUGAAGAAUAAUUUCAGUGCAAUAAUGUGGCAUCAAUAAUUUAAUAUAAUUGUACACAGUUCCACUUAUGGGAACUAAAUAUUUGUAGAGAAGCUGUGAAUGUUAAUCUCUCCAUUUUUUACCUUGACACUGUAUGUGGAAAUACAGAAACCUUUUGUAAAAGACUAAAGGCAGGUACAUGUAGAUAACAUGCUAUCAUUGCAUGCAUGCUAGAUUGCAUGAUUUAUUUCUGUAAAUGUUUUGAUAUGGAUAAACUAGUUCCCUUUCAGUCACCAUUAACUUUUUCCCACUUUCUUCCAUCUUGCAAAUACUUGAUGAAAUUUGUCAUGUUACAAAAAUUUUGUGUACUGGGUACUGUUUAAUUGGAGGAUUGGUGUGCAAUUUCAGGUUUUAGGAAAAGGAACACUGGUGUAGAAGCCCUCUAAUACUGAGGACCUGCAAGCAGACUAUUAUCCAAUAUGUUUAAAGUUCAAUGUGAUAUUAAUGAUUUCAAGUGCAGCUGAAGCACAAUUUUAACUUGGACACUUUGCUCUAAAUCAACAGAUCAGAAAUUAAACAUCAAAGUUGAUGUGGAACAUAUGAAACGUGCAGAUCAAGAUGCUUACAAUACAGCCUCAGUUUUAGCUUUGGAGCCAGCAGGAUAUCAGAAGGCAUCCACAGCUUCAGGCACAAAGAGAAAAAGACAUUCUGAUGCAGAUUUAGAAGAUCCCCAACCACUCAAAAAGAAAGUCUUGUGCUUAAUUGCCAUGAAUUACCUUGAUACUUCACCAGCACAGAGCAGGGAUGAACACAAUGAGUUUAAGAAAUACUUACAAGAAAUGAGGGUCUUCAUCAUAGGUGUUUCUGUGGGAAGUCUGGUGAUAACAGUAAAGUGUGAUUCUCUCUCGAGCUUGGAGGAAUUAUGGGACGAUUACUCUUGUGGCCUUUUGGAUAAGAUGGUACGAGAUUGUUUUGUAACUGAAAAGAUCUUGAAGGAACUUAACCUGGCAGAACUGAAGCUGAAAACAACGAUGGACACAGAAGAGUACAAUGCAUACAAACUGUACUUUCUUGAGAAGGAUGCACUCAGAGGUCAGUUGAAAGAAAGAAAAAGGCCUGGUCUUUCAGAAAAAUGUUUUGAAAUGAAUAAAAACACAAUGCAUCACUCAUUCAACAUGGUGCACCAUAGGGUUAACAGAGGUGUAGAGGGGGUCCAGGUUUUGACCAAGAUAUUCAACCAAUUGUUUCAUGACUAAGCUCAUGCUUACUAUGUAUACAAUGACAAUCUGUUGCUAGAAGUGAUUUGUUUUCAAGAAAUUUCCUAGUAUAUUUUCCUUUCUGUCUGCUUGUAUUUAUCUUUGGCUCCAAAUAUAAACAAAAUAAAACAAGCUAAAAUAAAAAUUGGCAAGAUUUUAGUUGGAGGAGCUAUAAAAGAAAAUGUUACCUGUAUUUGUGUGUGGGGUUUUUAUAAAAAUGAUUUGAGGUGUGUUGUAUGGUUUUGAAUGUCAGUAUUUAGUGGUUGCCCCAUUAUUUGUUUUCUUUUAAAUCUGGUUUUAGGUGCCUCAUCUUCUGAAUUCCACUCCAUAAGUUCAACCAGUGAAAGUCCACAAAAUCAAGAAGAGCUGAAAAAAUGGAAACAGAAGACAAAGAUUGUUGAGACAGAGAAACUGAAAGGUGAAAACAAAAUUAAAAGAUGUAUUAAGUUAUUAUGGAAAGUUUUUGUGAACAGUAAUAAUAAUUUAUUAUUUGACAAAGCUUUGAAGAAUUAUCUCAAUGCAGUAAUGUGGUGUUAGUAUUAUUUUAAGAGUACAACUUAUGGGGAACAACUUACAGCGUAUCUGCAGAGAGGCUGUGAAUGCUAAUCUCUCCCUGUACUUUUUGUUCUUAGGUACUUUACCCCUCACUGUAAUACCCACCACUGGUCAUGGAAAAGAACUUAUAGGAAAAGCACAGGGAGGGAAAGGUGAACAGGAAGCUCAGUUUGAAUAAAUAUCUGUUAGUAGUGAAUAUGUUCAGUGUGUUCAGUUAUUAUGUCAAGUGUAAAGAAGUGUGCUUUUGGGAUUAAACAUUUAAGGUUGUAAGGGUCUUUAGGGUAAAACUAAACUGACAAUUAUUUGAAAUAUUCUCACUUCUUCAUUAAAAAGAUUAAUUUGAAAGAAAUUAAAACCCAAUUUAGUUUUCCCUGAAUUUUGUAAUUAAGAUAAAUUUCAUGUACUUUAAAGAGAUGGUCACAUGACUUGUUGGUUUGACGUGUUAUCAUCUCUCAAAUGAAAGUAACACCUUGAAUACUAAUAUUGCUGUAAAUAGUGUAAAAUACAUAAAUGUAAAUUAUUCCAAACAUGAUUGUGCCUCAUUCUCUACUUAUGUUAAAGGGAAUUUGAGUUGGUUUGUGGAAUGAAAACAAUAAUUGUACUGUAUGUGUGUAUUUCAAAUGGAUGUUUUCAACAGCUUUUUUAAAUUUAUCCUUAGCUACAAGUUGGUAUGCUUGUUUUAAACUAUUUAUCAGAAGAAAUGCUAAUCUCCCUCUGUAUACCUUUGUUUUUAGGCAUGUUGCCUCUCCUUGGAUCUUCUACCUCUGAUUCUGAAGAAUCAGAGGUGGAAUCCUUCACCUCUGAUUCUGAAGAAGAACCAGAAGACAUACUCAGGAAACUUCAAAUUAUGAAAGGUGAGUGAAAAAAUGCUGUUAAAUUGACUUUGAUGGUAAAACUAAACCAAGAAUGCUUUUAAAUACAUGUAGUUCUCAUUCAAAAUAUUUUUUUGGAAAGGAAAUUACACCCAAUGUAGUUUUCCGUCACUCUGUGUUUUGCUAUAAGAGAAUAUUAAGAUAGUAGAGGCUAGGUUGGUGAAACAGUGUUUAAUGAUAGACUUAGUUUUUUCAGUGUUGAUCUUAAAUUAUGCCUUAAAAACUGACUGUGAUGUAGUUUAGAUAGAUUUUGUACAUCAAAUACAAUCAUUUAACGGCAUGUUGGUUUGACCUGUUAUCAUGUUGCUAUUAAAAGUAACACCAUCAAUUCCUCUUUGUACUUUUCCCCUUAAGGUUGCCUCCCAUUACUGUGGACACCCUUGGGGGGAGAUUUAGUGUCUGUAAUAGCAAAAAGUUUGUAAUAAUGGGGUACAAGAGAAAUAAAAAUUUGUUUUGUUUCUUAACAUGUGAAAUAAAGUUUCCACAAACUGGAAAAAGAUCUGGCUGUAAGGAGAAGAUUUCAUAUGUUCACACCCAAUUGAAGAAUGGUUUCUUUAUUUCCAUUUUUCAUAAUGUCAGUUCAUAGUAUGCUAGUCAUGAUUUUGGACAGAGUAAAUAAGUGUCUGUUAUAGCGAGAGAAAAAACAAGUGAAAAGUCAUGCUGGGGGGCAGGAAAGAGUCUGCAUCAUUGCAAUAGCAAGAGUCUGUUAUAGAGGGAAUUUAUUUCAGUCAUUUCUGUAUGUGUUAAUCUCCAGGGGCUGGCUCUUGUCUACAGUGGCAAGGUGUCUGUAAUAGUGAGGUGACCACAGGGCUAGAGUCAACUGUAGGUUAAUCCAAAUUUGGCAUUGUCUCAUUCUCUACUUUAGCUAAAGAUGGUAUUGAGUUGGCAUGCAGUAAAAAUACAUAAUAGUUGUUUUCAACAAUGAUCAUUGGAGUUAUAAUAGAGAACUAAGACUAUUUUACUUUAAUAUGACUAUAAUUUGCUGUUUGCACAGGUGUACCUGUUGUUAUCUUUUCUGUGUAAAGUAAGACACUAAAUUUUGAAAAGCUCUGUAUACCUUUGCUCCCAGGUUCUUCAUCUCCCCCACUUCUCUCCACCAUUGAUCUUGAAGAAAAGCUAGGACAAGUAUGUGUGAACCUUAAGAUGCCUAGAGUGGAAGGUGAAUAGAAAAAUUCAUUUCUUAUCAUUUUUAGGGAGAAACUGAUCCAAGAAUGCUGUCCAUAAAGUUUGCUUUGUUUUAAAAUGAGCUAACAUAUUAAAUAGGUAAAAACCAAAUAUUUUUGACACUAGGUCAUCAUCAGGAUGAUGAUGACCUAGUGUUGAAAAUGUUUGGUUUUUAUUACUUUUUAAAUAUUUUAGCCAUGUAAAUAGCUCAAUGCCUUUUAAUAUUUUCACCUUUUUUUCUAGUAAAUUCCUCUGAGAGAAAUUAUUCCUUAUCUGAGAUAUUAACCUUUUCCUGUCUUAAUUUUCAUCCAAGAAUACUGUUAAAUGCUCUCAGCUUUAUUCAGUAACUUAGUUUAGUCAAGGAACAUAUUUUCAAGUCAGUUUUGCCACUGUACAUGUAAAUCCAUAAUUUCAGUCAAAAGUAAUAUUGAAUCGGCCGUGGCAUGUGAUAAUGAAACAAUACUUAGAGAUAGCUAAUUUCAUUGUUCUCUCCCUUGACCUCAAUAGAUGUUAUUAUGCCUUUACUUUUUAUAUCAGGUUAGGAAUUAAGUGCUAAAUAUAUUUCUGUGUACAUUUGCUCUCAGAUAGAUUUCUUUUCGAAUGUUUAUUUCAUAGCUUUAUCAUCGGUGAACAUGCUGUUCUCGAAAACCGGUUCGUUCAUCGCGCCAUUUAUUCAAAAACUAAUAACUGAGUUCCACAAACUUAUUUUAAUGGUGUUGUGUUACAGUAAGGUUACCUGUCACGACAAUGUCUUGUUCUUACUCGUUAGCAACUUUUUAUCGGAAACAGGAUUUGCUUCUUGUUUAAAUAUUUGUUAAAUCAUCGAUAGAUAUUCACCAAAUUGCUCGAAAAAGGGAAGGGAAACAUUAAAUGGAUCACGUCUAAAAGUACACACGAGUGACCACGAGUGACCACGAGUGACCACGAAUGACCACGAGUGACCACGAAUGACCACGAAUGACCACGAAUGACCACGGGUAAAAAAAGCGAAAAAAAAUUAAUCAUUAACUAAAACAAAAAUAAUUGAUUAGAUGAGAAAAAUAUUACAGUGAAUUUUAUGGGAAAUAUUAAAGGAAAAAGAAUUGUAGGAAAAAGAACUGUAGGGCUGAUUUAGACAACCGAAAAAAAGGUAUUUUAAGCUUUAUGAAUGACUAAUAAAAAAUAUAUAUUUAGUAUAAUUAAUACAUUAAUAUAAUAAAUAGAUCCUUAAAACAUUGUCAAAAGUUAUUUAUUUCGGCAAAACGAUACGAUCGCGUUACUUCAGUCGACGGCCUAAAGGUCAAACUAUGAAUGAAGCGCUGACAACUAGACUUUACUUAUUACAGAAUACAAGGAAAUUUAGAUCUUGGCAUGAGCUGUCAUAAAAACUUACAAUAAAAUCACGUGUCAUGCACUGUCAAUAAAUGAUUCGAAAAAGGGAACAUCGGAGCAUUUAUCUUUUUUCAUUUUAUUCGGGGUUUUUAUUAAAAUGAGGGCUACAGUUCUUUUUCCUUUAAUAUUUCCCAUUAAAUUGACUGCAAUAUUUUUCUUAUUAUUGUUUUUUUGGUUAAUGAUUAACUUUUUCCCGCUUUUUCACUCGUGGUCAUUCGUGGUCACUCGUGCGUACUUUUAGACAUGAUCGUCAAAGUUGCAAUUGUUUAUUGUAUGUCAAGUCGGUUUUCACAUGCUGUGCGACUUUUUAUGCCGCGACUAAAUCUCAUGGAAAACUUAGCAUAAUAAAAGGUAUUUAAACAGGUUUACAACGCGAAAACGCAGCCAUCUUUUAUGCUUAAUGGUUCAUUCUUAUUCAUACCACUCAGUAAAAGAAAAAAAGUUAAUAACAUUUAAUUUUAGUCACGCGCUUUAUCAUUGUGGGGAUGAAUGUGCCAAGCGCUUGAGAGUCUUUGUUCAAACAGUUCGCGCAACAUGCCUUAACAUCUGUUCCGUGUUUUAGGAUUUGGGGUCAUUUUCGGUAAAAUUUCCGCACAGCCCCAUACUACAUUACUCAUUCAGUUCUUGGAUAGAGAAAACAACGACAAAAACAAUACAUUGCCAUCAGGAAAACAGAUUUGUUUUACAAUAGUAUGGGGCUGUUUUACCUAUAUUCCGCCAUUCCGCCGUUCGGCCGUUCCGGCUUUUAGGGUUGCCCGAAAUUGGGAAGCAAUAUUAGUGAGUAUUCGCUUCGUUAUUCGCUUAAUUAUACCCGUGUUUCGAUGCCUUGUGUAAGUGACAUUUUCCUUCCCAGCUAAUUCAUCAUCAACUCAAGUCAAGCAAAUCUUCUGCUUCUACUCGUUAUUCCAUAAAUUCGCGAAGCGAUGCGACAUGCUUUAGUGUAACAUUAUAGCUUUUUUCAUGAUGUAAAUUUCCGUUGUCGACUCGUCUCAUUUUCAAACCUAAAAGUUCUUUGUUUUACACACCAAUGUAAUGCAAAGGAUACUUAUAGCACUGAAUACAAAGGCACAUGAGUUGCACAUUUUUUUCCGCCGUGCGCGCAAAAAAAUCGUAUAUGUGCGCCUGACUACCGUGCGUCUGAGCGUAUGUAAUUCGUCUUCGCAGUUAACACAUACGCGAGGGGUACUGUAUCAUUCUUUAACUCUAGGAGACUACAAACCGAACUUCGUUAACAAACCGACCUGCCGACUAAUCAGCCCCACCAAAUCCGAGAUUGGCAGCUAAGCAAUCCUCGACAGAAUCAUCAACAAAAUCACGAGAGCAACACGGCAUCUGUGAUCGAAUGGUUUAAAGCCAUUAAAAACAAAAAAGCACCACAGUUUUAUUUGCUCUGACAUCGAAGAAUUCUAUCCCUCCAUUAGCCAAGACCUCCUGAACAGAGUACUCGACUUUGCGUCAACCUACGACAUCACCAACGACGAAGAAACAUCAUGUAACACAUGCAAAACAUUCGAUCCUUAUGCACAAACAGCAACCUUGGUAAAAGAAGGUCGAUACAGCAUUUGACGUCCCAAUGGGCAGCUACGACGGUGCCGAAACAUGCGAGCUAGUAGGAAGCCUUCCUCCUUUCCCAACUUCGAAACAUCAACAUCAGACUUUUCAUUUCAAACGCCACACCCAGAGAAACAGAUAACAGAAAAUUUGCCGAGGUUUUUUCGACGAGGCGUCGUAAGAAGUUGUUUCGUGAUGGUAGAGGAAUAUUCAACCAUCGCAGAACGAUUUCUCACAACGCCUCGUCGAAAAAAUCGAGUAGUUUCUACGCAGAAUGCACUGGAAAGCUUAUUUCUUCUUCAACCCUGAUACGACCACAUGCUCUUAAGACACAUACGACUUCAAGUCUACCAAGAACCCCUCUCGGAUCGACUAGUUAAAGGAAUUUGAAGAUGACAUGCUAAAGAUGAUAUUUACAAAACAUUUUAAACAUGUAGACUGAACAGUUUUUCAGUUAUUCUCAACAGAUUUUUUUCGGUUUUAGAGCAUUUUUGUUCAAAUAAAGGUAAUCUACUUUUACUUUUGAAAAAGUAAAAAAUCAAACAUUAUCAACACUAGGUAAACAUCACUAGGAAGAUUAAAUAUUCUAGCCAUGUAAAUAGCUCAUUGGCAUUAAAUGUUUUGAUAUUUUUUCCAGUAAAUACUUUUUAGAGAAAUUAUUCCCUAUCUGAGAUAUUAACCUUUUUCUGUCUUUACUUUCGUCCAUAAAUACUGUUUAAUGCUCUCAGCUGUUAUUCAGUAACUUAGUUUUGGUUAGGAACAUAUUUUCAAUUCAGUUUUGCCUCUAAAUCCGUAACUUCAGUUAAAAGUAGUAUUGAAUUGGCUGUGGUAUGUGAUAAUGAAAAAAUACUUAAAGAUAGGUUAUUUCAUUGUUCUCUCCCUUCACAUCAAUAGAUGUUAUUAUGCCUUUACUUUUUAUAUCAGUUGAGGCACUUAGUGCUAAAUAUAUUUCUGUGUACCUUUGCUCUCAGGUGGUUUUCCUGUCCUUCAAUUUUCAACCGUUGAUCUUGAGAAAAAACUAGCUAAACUACGCACUGAGCUUCAGAGGCUCAGAAGGGAAGGUGAAUAUAAAAUGUUUAUCGAUUCAUUAUCAGAGAGAAAUAAAUCCAAGAAUGCUAUUAAAGGCUUUCACCCCUGUAUCAAAAUAUAAUUUUUCAAGGGAAAUUAUUCCUUAUUUAAAAGAAUCUGUUGUCUUAUUUUAUUACUAUUGAUGAAUACUUCCACUCUUUAUUCAAUUCAUUUAUUUUCAAGGGAAACUAUUCCUGAGUAAAGAUGAUCCCUCUUCCUUUAUAGUUAUUAAGUGAGAUUGCUGUCCUAUACUUUUGGCUAUUAUGUAAAGUGUUAGCUUUUAUAUGAAAUUUUUCUUAAUUUAGUUUUUGCUAAUUCUGUGCUGUGGUGAAAGGGAGUAUUAAGUUGGCUGUGGCUUAUUAUGAUGAGACAAUUUUUCUAAAUGGUUGAUUUCAACAAUGACCAUAGGAGAUUAAUCAGAAAACUGACACUAUAACUGUGCUAUCACAUGACCCCAACACAAUGUACAGUGCUAGUUAAAUGCCUGUUUUUAAUCAUUUAUGUGAAAUAAGGCACUGAAUGCUAAAUACAGUGUAUCCUUCUGUUUACCUUUCCUUUCAGAUACUUUUCUCUCGCCUGCACUCUUAACUGCUGAUCCGGAAGAAAAACUAAAAAAACUACUCACAGAACUUGAGCGACAAAGAGAUAAAGGUGAGUAAAACAUGUGUAUUGGCUCCGUUGAACAGGGCAAAAGAAAUAUGGAAAGUGAUGCAAGGAAAUGGUUGCACUAGUAUUUUAGGCUUGUUUUUCUAAGUAACAAGCUGAAAGGUUUUAGUUUGUCAUAUAGGACUCCUAAUUAUAUUGUCUUCCCUCAAAUAUCUAAGUCCUGCAUGCAACUUGCGAAAUAUCUCCACCACUCAUUACAUGUUAAAACAUGGAAUGAACUAACCCCUCCUCUUAUAUAAUGCUAUCAACCAAGAAUGCUGUUAAAUGCUUCAUACCAUUUUGCUGCCUUCUCUCAGGUAGUUUACCUCCCACUUUUUCCACCAUUGAAGUAGAAGUAGACGAACUACUCAAGAAAUUUCAGAAAUGGCGGAUCGAAUUUGAAUAAAUAAUGCACAUUUAGAGAGUAAAUAAUUGUACUAGAAUGCUAUUAGAAUAUUUCCAGUUCCUUGUAGAAUUACAUUACCGCUCGUGUAUAAAUUAACCAAAAAACGCGAAUAAAACGCGCCAAAAAUCGCAUGCAAAUGCGAAUUUUAAAAAAUGUGCGCGUCAAAAAACUGCACAUGCGCGCAUAAGCUUGUUACGUUUGCCUCGUUAGUAUAUAUGAGGUAAUCCUUUUGUUUUUCUAUUGUUGGCGGUUUACCGUUAGGCUAAAUAGAAAAACGAAUAGACAAAAUAGAAAAUGGAAGUAAUAGAAUAGAAAAACAAAAGGAUUAUCUCAUAUAUUCUAAAGAGGCAGACGUAUCAAGGUUAUGCGCGCACGUGCGAUUUUUUUAUGUGCACAUUUUUUUAAAUUCGCAAUUGCAUGCUAUUUUUGGCUACAAUGUAACAGGACUAAAAUACUACACUGCUACCAAUGACAAGAAAACUUGUUCGUUUCAAUGACCAUUCUAACCGACCUUCCCGAUAUGCUGUUACAAACUACUGCGACUUCGUAAUCAGAAUAUGUGAAUGAUUUAUCAUUUUCCAACGGAAUUCUUUAAUCAACAUUUUUCACUUCGUAUGAAAAAAAACAUCCGGCUUUAGAAUUCGUUCUCGGUGUAUUGUAAUUCGGUAGACCAGCUAAAGCGUCACUUUGUAACCAGUUUUCGCAUUCUUAAUGCAAACCCACGCGCGAAUGUUUAUUUCAUAGCUUUGUCAUCGAUGAACAUGCUCUUCUCGAAAACUGGUUUAUUCAUCGCGCCAUUUAUACAAAAAUUUAUAAGUUCUACUAGCUUAUUUUAAUGGUGUUGUGUUACAGUAUGGUUACCUGUAACGACUACGUGUUGUUCUUACCCAUAUGCAUAUUGGAAACCGGAUUUGCUUCUUGUUUAAUAUUUGUAAAAUCAUUGAGCGAUGUUCACCAAAUUGCUCAUAAAAGCGAAGGGAAAAAUUCAAUACAGGAUGCAUUUAGUUCAAGUUUGUAUAAGACUCGCAGACGCGUGCAAUUAGACAAAACAUCAAUACGGCGAUACUUAUGUCACUCAACACAGUAAUUCAGGACUUUUGGAAAAUUGGUGGCUCCUAAAGGAGCCGUUUUUUCAUUAAAGGAAGCUGUUACAACUCUCUUCCUUCGCGUUGGUCGACAGUAAAAGUAACUUUCGGAGGUGGCUAUUGUAUUUACAGCACUCAGCAGCAGUCCCAGAGUCCCUGAACCGAUGUAUGUCCGCGAGAAGUUCGUCCUUGUUAGUUGGCUUGACAACGCGACGCAAGCGAAUGUUUUCAGUUCGUGUCAGGGGAGCUUUAAAGGAUUCAUGUCCGGGCUUUCAGCAGGAGUAGGCCAGUAUUUUAGGUUAUUAUCUUCGAAUCUUCGUCUUUGGCAUUGCGAUUUACUAUAACUUGACCUUUCAUUGUAGUAAUAUAUUGUGAUGCGAAAUGAAACUGUUUACAUUUCUGUGCGUAAACGCUGAAGCGAGCGCCGAUUGCAAUAAAUAAAAUGAAACAUCAUUCACAAUCUUAAAUGGUAUUGCUUCUGAUCCUCAUCGAAGGUGAUCGAGGUAAGUUCGAAGUUUCGAGGAAAUCAUCACCAGCGAUGAGAACACCAAAUAGUUCACAUUCCGCUGCACAAGCAUUCAAGGGAACGCUAAUUGCAAUGAAGAAAUUGGGAAGCAAUAUUAGUGAGUAUUUGCUUCGUUACUCGCUUAAUUGUACGCGUGUUUCGAUGCUUUUCGAUGUAAGUGACAUUUUCCUUCCCAACUGAUUUAUCCACAACUCAAAUCAAGCAAAUCUACUGCUACUGCUCGUUCUUCGAUAAAUUCGCGAACCAAUGCGACAUGCGUCAGUGGAACAUUAUAGCUUUUUUCAUUACGUAAGUUUUCCGUUGUCGACUCGUCGCAUUCUCAAACCUAAAAUUUCUUUGUUUUACACAACGAUGAAAUACAAAGGAAAUUUAUAGCACUGAGUAACAAAGGCACAUGAGUCGAGCAUUUUUUCGACCGUGCGCGCAAAGCAAUCGUAUAUGCGCGUCUGACUACCCUGAGUCUGAGCGUACGUAAUUCGUCUGCGCAGUUAACAUAUACGCAAACGGUACCGUAAAAUUUUUUCCAGGGAACUCCUGCAUAUGCAGCCUUCUACUGCAGUAAUUAUUAACAAUUGCUAUGCUUAUUGGAGGCCUUAGACAUCAAUUAUGUUCCUCCAUUGGCACCCAGCACUUAGAUGGACACUGUUUUCACUAGUGGUAAAUCCUGGCAACCCAGCCAUCAGCCGUCAUGUAGUGAAGAGAAAACCUUCCAUUGCACUAGAAAAUAAAAAUUGUAGAAGAAAAGGAACAAAAUACCAGGGAAAAGUGAAUUUUUUCUCAGUGCAUGUUAAAAAAAAUAUCUGGCUUCUUAGGAUAAGCUCAUUCUGGUCCUGGAAACUUUAAAAUUUUGCUACAUAUGCAAAAUUAUAGGCACUGUUUCAUGUUAUGCACAGUUUGCGUGGUGCGCGCGUGCAGUGGUUUAGAUCUGCACAAGUGUCAAGUGCGCGGUAUUGUAGUGGAUACUACUCCAUCAUUUUAUCAGAUUGCCAAGGCGUUUUUAAUGUAUCCAUUUACACCCUUCAGUUUGUUAAGGCACUGCAAACUUUAUUGUCCGGGUCAAAGCCAUAACAAAGUGUACACAUGCAGUUUUUAACUUGGAUUUUGUUGCUUGAACGUUGAAGAGCCUUUGUGGAAGCUACCAUAGAGUUACAAUAAUCACAUGUGCUACCUGACGCUACUAACUUUACCUUAUACUAUCGCUUCCCGUACCUGUGGGUAAUAUGAAGAGAAUCCUGUGUUGGGAUUGACUAACUAAGCUACCCCCUUGGGAUUUCCCGCUUAGAUCCCGCACAAGAAAAACACUGUGCUAAGGUGACUUACAAAUCUCGAUGAUGGAGGUGGAAAAAAGGGACAGAUGACUGUCAAAACGAGGACAUCAUGAAUGACUCGCGUGGGUUUAUUGUGCUACAAACACAGUUGGCUUUCUUCCCGUGCUCCUGAAAUAAACAAGGCAUUCUUGAUUCUUAAUAAAGCGAAAUCUUUCUGUGUUUUUAUGGACCUCGAGUUCGUCUUGGUCCAUAAAAAUACAAGAAAAAGAACAAGGCCAAUAUUCAGCCAUCUUGACCUCAUGCUUGGUUAACAAAACACACACACACACACACACUUACACACACAUAUAUAUGUAUAUAAUUGCUUAGUCAUUAAACCUUAGCACAUGUAGGAGGGUCUCAAUGUAGUUAACCAUUAACCGUAAAAUGGCCAAAAAAAAAAAAUUGCCGUUAGGCAUAAAAAUUGACAAAUUUCAACUGUCAGCCGUAAAAAUGGUCAACUGAAAAAAUUUUUCUUCAAAAUUCUUAACAGAUUUUUGCAAGAUUUUCUUUGGAGGGGCUAUGAAAGAAUAUUUUUCUAGUUUUUACGCGUUCGGUGUUUUUAAAAAUAGUUUGAGGUAUGUUUAUGGUUCAAAAUGUUUGUCCUCUUGUAAAUCUGGUUUUAGGUGGUUUAUCCUCUGAAUUCCACUCCACAAGUUCAACCAGUGAAAGGCUCCAAAAAAAAGAACAAUGGGAAAAAAGUGAACAGAAGACAAAGAUUAUGGAGACAGAGAAAUUGGAAGGUGAUAAGGAAAUUGAAAAAAAUUGUAUUAAUUUAUAUGGAAAGCUGUUGUGAGCAGUAAUAACGGUUAUGUUAUAAGUGCUUGAAGAAUUAUCUCAGUGCAAUGAUGUGGCAUCAGUUAAUUAAUAUAAUUGUGCAUAGUUCCAAUUAUGAGAACAAAACAUUUGAAGAGAAGCUGUGAAUGCUAAUCUCUCUCGGCAUUGUUUACCCUUAGGUACUUCACCCCUCAUUGUGAUACCGACCACUGGUCAUGGAAAAGAACUAGAAGAACCUUGGGGAAGGAAAGGUGAACAGGAUGCUUAGUUUGAACUUAUUUUUGAAGUUAAUGUAAUUGAAACAUGUUGCUCAUUAUGUUCAGCUACGACCAGUAAGCCAAGUAAAAAGUUGUAUUGUAUUGCAAGUUAUCGACUAUUUAAUGUUCUUCAUGUUUGUUGAGUUUUUCCCUUUGUUAUUGGGAAAAGUACUGGCUUUUAAGUGGAUUUAGUUGAUCUACCCUUAAAACUGAUAUCAAACUACCUUGAAAUGAAUAAAAAGAUGUGGGGCUUACUACUUUCAGUUGUUUUUGCUGACUUGUUGAAGUCUAGCAUGGGUUCCAGUUUGGGUUCAGUUCCCCCUGACAUGCUCCAAGAAAAAAAAGGAAAACAACAUAGCAAAUCACUGACUUGUUGUUUUGAUGAAUUGACAUUGAAGAAGUGGAAGAAUUCAUCCGUGUGUUAAUUGACCUAAAAAGUUGUAGGAGUGAAGCUAUGAAACUUCAGGGAAAAAAAUGAGAAAUGAAAAAAGAACCUGAAUGUGGUUUUAGUCAUCUUUUACAAUAGAAAUUAAUGUUAAUAAUAAGCAAGAAUGCUUCCGUCACCAGUUAUGAAAAAUGAUAGUUGUCAAUGCAAAUUAUUUAACAUGUGUUUUUGCCUCAUUCUCUUCUCUAGUUAAAGGUAGUGCUGAGUUUCCAUGCAAUAAAUUAAGGAAACGUUACAUACAUGUAGAGUGAUUACUUUUUCAGUUGUUCUCAACAGCUUUUUUUGGGGGGGUUUUAAAGCUUCUGUUUUUAAAUGAAGGUAAUCUACAGUGUGUAUGUACCUACUAGUAUCUUUAAAUGCAAGUUGGUAUGCCUUUUCCCAACUAUAAAUUAGUAGAAAUGGUAAUAUCUCUCUACAUACCUUUGUUUAUAGGCAUGUUGCCCAUUUCUGGAUGUUCCACCUUUGAUCUUGAAGAAGAACUAGAAAAGCUAUGUAAGAAACUUCAAAUAAUGGAAGGUGAAUAAAAAUAUGCUGUUAAAUUAAAUUUUGUGGUAAAACUAAACCAAGAAUGCUUUUAAAUACAUUUAGUUCUCAUUCAAAAUAUUUUUUUGAAAGGAAAUUUCACCCAAUUUAGUUUUCCCUCACUCUGUGUUUUGCUGGAAGGGAACAUUAAGAUGGUAGAGGCUGAGGAUGGUGAAACAGCAUAUAAUGAUAAACUAAGUUUUAUCGUUGUUGAUCUUAAAUUAUGCCUUAAAAAACUGACAAUUAUAUAGUUUAGAUAUAUUUUGUACAUCAUAUACAAUCAGUUAAUCGCAUGUUGGUUUGACCUGUUAUCGUGUCGCUAUUAAAAGUAACACCAUGAAUUUCACUUUGUACCCUACCCCUGAGGGUUGACUCCCAUUGCUAUGGACACCCUCGCAGGGAGAUUAAAUGUCUGAAAUAGCGAAAAGUCUGUAAUAACGGAGUAUAUAUAUUCCCUUAGCUCCGGUUGGAGCAUAGGCCAUUAACCAUUUAGGCCGUAAUAACGGAGUACGAGAGAUAAAAAAUUGUUUUGUUUCUUAACAUAUGAAAUAAAGUUUCCAACGUGGCCUCACAAACGGGAAAGAGAUCUGGCCGCAAGCAGGAAAUUCUCAUGUUCACACCCUGUUGAAGAAUGGUUUCUUUUUUUUCCUUUUUCAUAAUGUCGCUUUAUAGUAUGUUUGUUAGGAUUUUGAAUGAAGCAUUAAGUGUCUGUUAUAGCAAGAGAAAAGAACAAGUGAAACUUCGUGCUGGGGGGCUUGAAAGUGUCUGCUUUUCGGUGAAAGGAAGAGUCCGUUUUAAAGGGAAUUUAUUUCAGUCAUUUCUUCAUGCUUUUCCCCAGGGGCUGGCUAUUGUUUGCAGUGGCGAGGUGUCUGUAAUAGUGAGGGGUACGCAAGGCUAGAGUAAACUGUAGACUAAUCCAAAUUUGACAUUGUUUCACUCUCUACUUUAGCUAAGGAUGGUAUAGAGUCGGCAUGUGGUAAAAAUACACAAUAGUUGUUUUCAACGAUGAUCGUGGAGUUAUAAUGAAGAACUUACACUGUUUUACUUUAAUAUGACAAUAAUUUGCAAUUUGCACAAGUAUAUCUGUUGUUAUCUUUUAUGUUUAAAGUCAGACACUGAAUUUUGAAAAGCUCUGUAUACCUUUACCCCCAGGUUCUCUCCAUUCUCUCCCCACCACUGAUCUUAAGGAAAAGCUAGAGCAAGUAUUUGAGGAAAUUAGGAUGCUGAGAAUGGAAGGUGAAUAGAAAAAUUCAUAUCUUGUCAUUUUUAGAUAGAAACUGGUACAAGAAUGCUAAUAACUGUCCAUAAAGUUUGCUUAGGUUUAAAAAAUAAGCUAAGAUAUUUAAUAGGUAAAAACCAAACAUUUUCGAAACCAGGUCAUCAUCAGGGUGAUGAUAACCUAGUGUCGAAAAAGUUUGCUUUCUAUAUUUUUUAAAUAUUUUAGCCAUGUAAAUAGCUCAAUGCCAUGAAAUGAAUUCAUAUUUUUUCCAGUACACACUUUAAGAGAAAUUAUUCCCUACCUGAGAUAUUAACCAUUUUUUGUCUUUACUUUCAUCUAAGAAUGCUGUGAAAUGUUCUCAGCUGUUAAUCGGUAACUUUGUUUUGUUGAGGAAAAUAUUUUCAAUUCAGUUUUGUCUCUUAAUCCACAACUUCAGUUUAAGGUAGUAUUAAAUUAGCUGUGGCAUGUGAUAAUGAAAUAUUACUUAUAGAUAGAUAUAAUGGAAAACUUACAUCAUUGUUCUUUCACUUGACCUCGAUACAUGUUAUCAUGCUUUAACUUUUUAUAUCAGGUGAGGCACUAAGUGUUAAAUAUAUUUCUAUGUACCUUUGCUCUCAGGUAGUUUUUCUGUCCUUAAACUUUCAACCAUUGAUCUUAAGAAAAAACUAGCUGAACUGUGCAUGAAGCUUCAGAGGCUCAGAAUGGAAGGUGAAUAUAAAAUGUUUAUUGAUUCACUAUCAGAAAGAAAUAAUUCUAAGAAUGCCAUUAAAGGCUUCCACCCCCGUAUCGAAUUAUCACUUUUCAAGGAAAAUUGUUCCUUAUUUAAAAUAAUCUGUUAUCUGAUUUUAUUACUAUUGAUGAAUGCUUCCACUCCUUAUUCAAAUUAUACAUUUUCAAGGGAAACUAUUCCUUAGUAAAGAUGAUCCCUCUUCCUUUAUAAUUAUUAAGUGAGAUAGUUAUCUAAUACUUUCAGUUCUUCACAUGAGCCUAGUACAAUGUGAAGUGUUUGUUAAAUGCCUGUUUUUAACCAUUUAUGCGAGGUAAGGCACUGAAUGCUAAAUACAGUGUAUCUCUCUGUUUACCUUUCCCUUCAGGUACUUUGCCUCCCCCUGAACUCUUUACUGCUGAUCUUGAAGAUGAACUAGAACGAUUUGAAAGAAAAAGAAAGGAAGGUGAGUGAAACAUGCGUAUUGGCUGCGUUGAAAAGGGCAAACGAAAUAUGGAAAGUGAUGCAAGGAAAUGGUUAUAGUAGUAUUUCAGGCUUGAUUUUUUAAGUAACAAGCUGAAAGGUGAAACACUUUCUCUGAGUUUGUUAUAAAGGGUUACUAGUAUUUUCUCUCAAAUAUCUCAGCCCUGCAUGCAACUUGCAAAACAUCUGCGCUGCUCAUUACAUGUUGAAGCGUUGAAUAAUAUGUAUUUACUCCAUAUUUAAUAUAACCCCUCCUCUUAUAUAAUGUUACCAACCAAGAAUGGUGUUUAAAAAUUCUUUAAACCUUUUUGUUGUUUAGUUCUUCUCUCAGGUAGUUCACCUCCCCCUGUUUCCAUCAUUGAAACAGCAACUAGACUACGCCAGGAACUUGAGAAAGUCAAGAUGGAAGGUGAAUAAAUAAUGCACAUUUAGAGAAAAAACCAUUUUAGUAGAAUGCUAUUAAACACUCCCACUUCUUUAUCGAAGUAUCUUUUUCCACGGAACUCCUGCACGUGCAGUCUUUUUCUGCAUUAAUUAUUAACAAUUGCAAUGCUCAUUAGAGGCCUAAGACGUAAAUUACAUUACUACAUUGGCACCCAGCACUUAGAUGGAGACUGUUUUCACGAGUGGUAAAUCCUAGCAAUCCAGCAAUCAGCCGUCAUGUAGAAAGGAGACAACCUCACAUUGCACUAGAAAAAAAUAUUGUAGAAGAAAAGAAACAAAAUACCCGGCAAAAGUGAACUUCUUUUUAGCACGUGUUAAAAAAUAACUAGCUUCUUAGGAUAAGCUCAUCCUGGUCUUAGAAACUUUCAAAUUUUGGUACAUAUGCAAAAUUACAGGUACUGUUUCAUGUUAUGUGUAGUUUCGUGGUGCGCGCUUGCAGUCCUCGGGAUUUACACGUGCAUCACGUGCGCGGUACUGUCGUGAAUCUUGGAUACAACUCUAGCAUUUUAUCAGAGUGCUUAGCCAUUUUUAAUCGUAUCCAUUUACAACCUUGAUGUGUUAAGGCCCCGCAAGCGUCAAAUUGUGCUCUAAUUCAGAACAAGGUGUACACAUGAAGUUUGUAAAUUGAGUUUGUGUGUCGAACGUUGAGGAGCCUUUGUGUAAGCCACCUCAGAGUUACGAUGACCACAUCGCGCUACCAGAGGUUAUUAGCUUUACCAUAUUGCUGCUUCAAUAGUGCAUGUAGUACUAAUGCAUGUCAGUGAACUGUAAUACAUGUAGGAGGGUCUCAAUGGGGCUAACUGUUAACCGUAAAAUAUAGCAAAAACAUUUUGCUGUUAGUCGUAAAAAUUUACGAAUUUCAACCGUUAGUCUUAACAUAACAUAACUGUUUAUUCACAAUUCAAAUUUUAAUGAAAAGUAAAAAGGAAGCGAAAGAGGUUACCUAUUUCAAGUUUGUCUCCUAAAAUAAUUAAAAAUUGCAGUAAAAUAGUUAAAAAUUUCCUAAAACAUUAUUAAAAUGGCGUCUGACUCUGUUCUUGAAAAUGUUCGGAGUUUCUGCCUCUGCAACUUUUUUAGGUAAAUUAUUCUAUUCAUUGACUAUAUUUGCACAGAAAGAAUACUUAAAACUGUUUAGCUUUGCGGGCAAUGGUUUAAGUUUAUGGCGAUGGUUGGUUCUUAACGGUCGAAAAUCAUGUGCAAAUGUAAAAUACUCAAAUAGGUGUAGCUCGUUAAGACUGUUAGCCGUCUUAAAGCACUCAGUAAGCGCAGAAAAUAAUCUUCUCUGAUGUAGAGUUAGCCAUUUAAGGACCUUUAAGCUUUCUUCAUAUGACAUAUCUCGGGCAAUGUUUCUGAUUGCAUAUCUAGGUGUUCUGCGUCGUACUUUCUCUAAAAUAGCCGAAUCCUUUUUGAGGUGUGGAGACCACACUGGAGAGCAGUACUGAAGUAUUGGACGUACUAAACUCAUGUAAAAUUUCGAGAACAAUUUAGGAUUCCUGGGGCCCUUUGUUCGACUUAUAAAUCGGAGCACGCUGUUUGCUUUGUUUUCAGGCUCCAUGAUAGAUUUGAUUUGAUGUGAAUUCCAAGAUCCUUAACUUAUUUAUUGAUUUAAGGAUUUGUACAAAGCAGUACCGAAACAAAAACAAUAGGACAUGAGUUCCCUACUAGGUUUAAGCUCCAACCCAACCCCCUCCUAAAAUAACUUAAUAAUAUGAAUAGACUAAAUAGGCUGUUUAACAAGUGCACGCAACAAGGGUAUUUACCCGGCGACAUUUAGGACAAAUUAUUUUAAAGGUAAGAAAGUAGUCUCCAUCAAAAACGUUGAAAAGUCUCUUGAAAUAAAACGACUUAAGUUUACGCUUAAAAGAGUCAGUAGACUCAGCCUGCCUAACAUUAUUAGGUAUAUUGUUCCACAAAUUUGCUAUCCUAUUAAAAUAGAAGUCCCGAAAUGUUGAUGUAUGAUUUUUAUUAAUCUUAAAGUUCAGCCCUGAGCACGCUUGACGCAUCUGACUCUUAACAAAGGAAAAAUAGUAAUUAAAUGAACAAGUUAGAUCAAUAUGACCAUGAAGACAUUUAAAAAAGAAAACUAAGUCGAGAUAUUCAAGCCAGUAAUUAAGCGGCAAUAACUUCAGUUUGAUUAAGCGAUCCUUAUAAGAUAAGUUACUACUAUUUCUUUUUAGUAUAAAGCGUGUAGCUCUUUUUUGCACAUUUUUAACUAAGAAUAAAUUGCUCAUAACAGACUGUGGUGCCCAUAACUGAGAGCAAUAGCAAAAGUGCGAACACACUAAUGAACAGUAAAGACGCAACGGCGGAACACUGCCAACAAUUCCUGCGCAGCUCCUUCUAAUAAAGCCCAGUAACCUAUUUGCUUUAGCAACUAUCAUGAGUAUAUGAUCCUUCCGAGAGGUGUCAUUUACGAGCACUACCCCCAAAUCUUUUUCAGUAGAGACAACCUCCACAUCUAUACCAUUUAUACUAUAGCUACGAUAUGAACUAAUACGCUUCCUAGAUAUACGCAGAUUACUGCACUUUGUAGGCUGAAAAUACAAUUCAUUUGACAAGGACCAAGUUGUAAGUGAAACUAAAUCCUACUGCAAUUUCGAAAAAUCAGCAUCAUUAUUUAUGAUCCCAUAACAUUUAGAAUCGUCAGCAAACAUAGCCAGCGUCACACUAUUAAUUACAUUUGGCAUGUCAUUUACAAAUAAUAAAAAGAGAAUCGGUCCUCGAAGUGACCCCUAGGAUACACCUGACCCAACGCCAGUCCAAUUACUGAAAGUUCCAUUUGUAACCACUCUUUGACGCCUUCCAGUUAGGUAUGAGUAAAACCAGGCGAGUAGUGGAUCAUCAAUUCCAAACGUUUUUAGCUUCAACACGAGCUUUGCCGGGCACACAGAAUCGAAAGCCUUGGCAAAGUCCAAGUAAAUUAUGUCUGAUUCUAACUUGCGGUCCAGUGCAUGACCAAUGUCAUAGAAUACUUCAAUAAGCUGAGUAACGCAAGACUUGCCCUUCUGAAAACCAUGUUGAAAAGGAUACAAGAUCUUCUUAACGUGAGGGACAAGGCGCGAGGCCACACACUGCUCCUGAACUUUAGAGAUCACUGGAAGUAACGACACGGGGCGAUAAUUUUCGACAAACUCUCCUUUCCCUCAACUAUAACGUUAGAUUACAAAGAGUUAACCAAAGAAAUGUUUCUUUUUAACUCCUUAACAAGAAAAAGUUAGUCCUAACAUGGCCAAAAUUUUAACCGUUAGCCAUAAAAGCCAUCACCCCAUUGAGACCCUCGUGUAGCUCGUGCAUUAAAGAACUUUUGCAUGAAUGUUCCAUGUCGGAAACGAUCGACAAAACGUGUUGGUGGUAUCUUUAAAUGACAAAUUUAAAUUUGACCCCAAGCUUGUCCGUGAUCUUUCACAGUUAAUGACAACAUUGACUCUUACUUUGUCUUUUAAGUAGUUCCUCAUUUUAAUAAUUUCUCUGAGCUGAGAAUGUCACCUUAAGUACUAAAAUAGUUUGUGUCUUUUUGUGUCCUUCAUGAUAGCAUUAGAGAACGCCAUGUAUCCGACCAUUAGAUCAGGACUGGCGAAGUUUGAUGUCAGUUUACCCGAGGAACUCCAGAACUAUGUCAGCUACUUAUUAAAUGAGUCAGCCAAACUUCACUUCCGCAAGCAAGGUACUUAACAUUGUUAAAAUAAGCUUGUAUUGGCUUUGAAACAUAUGUCCAGUUAUCUAUAUUCGGUGGUAAGACUAUUGAGAAAUGCUAGGUUUGUGUAAUGGUCAAGGAAUUUUUCUUUUAACCCAGAUUUGUGAUCUUGUGUUGGGGUUUUUUCAUUCUCUGUAGACCUGGUACCUUUAUAUAAUCAUCAAAUGACCUGCGCGGUCUAAUGCCCGUUCCUAAUAAGGAAAAAAAAAAGAUUUAUAAAUGAACCCUUUUAUGAAGGCCGUGCGCGGUUACGCUGGCAGGGGCAUGAAAAGCUGCAAGGCCAAGCGUGCGUCCACGUGAGAAGGAAGUAAAAUGAGAAGAGCGGCGUUCAUGAAAUAAAAAUCUGAUUGACUGAGUAAGAUCAAGCUGGACCCACAUGAGCCUUCUACUCAGUCCAUAAGUGCAUAGAAUUCUGAUGUUAAGACUGGUCGCUUAUGUGGUGUAACCUAAGUACUUUAUGAUCGUAUUCUCAAGAAAAAGACGUCUCUUUCAAUUUAUCAACACGAAUACUUCGUUAUUAUGUUUGCAAAGCGAAAACAAUUUUUAUUCUCGUGUUCUUGAAAAUGUUCUGAAACUUUAAAACCAGAUUUGGAAAAAAACAACACCAGCAACUUCUCUCGCAGGCAUUUUCGACUGCAGAGUUUUAGAUUACUAGUGAGGGAAAAGAUAUUAUUGGAAUAAAACCUUAUGACAAUGAUUUACAACUUCUCAAAUGAUUUGCUGACAUUUUAAGACUUGGAAAAGAAGAAGAAAAAAGGUUUGGCUUAAUGUUUUUGGUAUCGCACGACAUUUUAUUGUUCAUACUGUCCGUCUCCUUGUUUUCCCAACUGGUUUCCUUUGACUUGGGAUGAUUCAACAAUAAGUCGAAACGUGGAGACUCGAAAUUAUUUUUGUGUCCAAUUUGCCGAGGUAUUUUCUGUGGUUUGUCAGUUUUUAGACAAAAACAAUGUAAAGUUAGGUUUUUUCGCUGUAAUGUUUUCAAGUAAAAAAAAUUACUAUUCUUUUGUUUUAAUCCUUUAGUACUCCAAUCACCUCGUGCCUUGGAGGAAUUACGUGUAGCAAUGGAUAAAGACGAAUUGAAAGCAUUCCUUACUAUUCACAUCAGAGAAGGUGCAUGGCAAGUGGUGCUGCUGUUUACGGAUGAGCUCUCUAUAUCUAAACAACCAUGGUACUGCUUUCGUGUAAUUUAUAACGAGGACGAGGACGAGGACGAGGAGGUGUCUAAUGAAGUGAUAUACAGUUCAAUUUCAGGCAUAUUGUAUGGGUGGCCAACAGAGUACGACCCUGAUUUGAUAACACUGUGUAAAGCGAUCACCAACAGGGAUUGGAAAGUAGCCAGAUUAAUUCUCUCAAGGAGUCGGAUAUCUGAUGAAGGUUUGGAGAACUUGAGUACAGCGCUUCCUCAGAGUGAACUUUACAGCUUGACACUGUAUGGCAUUGGUUUACAAAAUCAAGGAUUAAAACACCUGUGUGAAGCGCUGAUCAUUAGUGACUGCCAUUUAACCAGCUUAAACGUCAGUCACAAUAUGUUAGGAGACGAAGGAAUCAUGCACUUGCGUGACGCGCUAGCCAGCGUUAACUGCAGAUUAACCACCUUAAACGUCAGUCACAAUAGGUUAGGAGACGAAGGAAUCGUGCUCUUGAGUAACGCGCUAACCAGCGUUAACUGCCAUUUAACCAGCUUAAACGUCAGUCACAAUAUGUUAGAAGACGAAGGAAUCAUGCACUUGCGUGACACGCUAGCCAGCGUUAACUGCAGAUUAACCACCUUAAACGUCAGUCACAAUAGAUUAGGAGACGAAGGAAUCGUGCUCUUGAGUAACGCGCUAACCAGCGUUAACUGCGGAUUAACCACCUUAAACGUCAGGGAGAAUAGGUGGGGAGACGAAGGAAUCGUAUACUUGGGUAACGCACUAACCAGCAUUGACUGUACAUUAACCAGCUUAAACGUCAGUAACAAUAUGUUAGGAGACGAAGGAAUCGUGCACUUGUGUAACGCGCUAACCAGCGUUAACUGUACAUUAACCAGCUUAAACGUCAGUAACAAUUGGUUAAGAGACGAAGGAAUCAUGCACUUGUGUAACGCGCUAACAAGCGUUAACUGUACAUUAACCAGCUUAAACGUCAGUAACAAUUGGUUAGGAGACGAAGGAAUCAUGCACUUGUGUAACGCGCUAACAAGCGUUAACUGCAGAUUAACAAGCUUAAACGCCAGUCACAUUCGGUGGGAAGACAACGGAUUUAAACACUUGUGCGAUGCACUUACCAGCAGUAAUUGUGUGUUAACCAAAUUGAAAAUCGGUCUUAUUAGAUUAGGAGAUGGAGGAAUCAAAGAAUUGUCUAAGGUUUUAACCAACGGAUUCUGUACAUUAACAAGUUUAGACAUAAGCAACAAUGAAUUUGGAGAUGAAGGAAUCAAGCACCUGUGUAAGGCCUUGACUGAUACCAACUGCAAACUACGGAGCUUAGACUACCAGGGAAAUCGGAAUGUAACUGAUAAAGGCAGAAAAUAUUUGUCU